CAAACAUAGCAAGGGAAAAGAAGCGAAGGCAUACAUCAAAGUUAAGUGGCGAAGAACAUGUUCAGGAGUUGCUUCAAGGUCAUUUGAAGAACUGUCGGGUAGCGUUUAGGAUGGAGCCUGAAAUUUUUAAAUCGUUGGCAAGUUAUCUUAGAAGGGAGGGGCUGGUUCGUGAUACAAGAAUUAAGGUCGAGGAAAAGCUAGCAUUCUUCUUAUACAUGCUCAGCCAUAAUGCCUCGUUUGAAGACCUAAUAGAAGAAUUUGGGCAUAGUGGUGAUACAUUUCAUCAUCACAUAAAGCAUUUCUUUGACCUAGUUGUUCCUGUCCUCUCCAAGCAAUUCCUGAAGCCACCAAAUCCUAAUCAUGUCCAUCAAAAAAUCGAAAGGAAUCCUCGGUUUUAUCCCUACUUCAAGAAUUGCAUUGGUGCAAUCGAUGGCACUCAUGUGCCUAUAUCGAUAUCACCUGACAAAGCCGCUCCAUUUAGGAAUAGGAAGGGCACUCUUACUCAAAAUGUAAUGGUAGCGUGUGAUUUUGAUCUCAAUGUAACUUUCAUAUCCACUGGGUGGGAGGGGUCCGCGACGGAUGCUAGAGUUCUUAGGGAUGCAAUGAACAAUGGCUUUCAAGUACCCCUGGGGAAAUUUUAUUUAGUAGAUGGCGGUUAUGCCAACACACCAUCUUUCCUUGCCCCAUAUCGCGGAGUUAGGUAUCAUUUGAAGGAAUAUGGGGCAGGUCGUCGAAGACCACAAAACUACAAGGAGAUCUUUAAUCAUCGCCAUGCAGUGUUGAGGAAUCAUAUUGAAAGGGCCUUGGGAGUUAUAAAGAAACGCUUCCCCAUCCUUAAGGUUGCCACGUUUCACAAAAUAGAAAACCAAGUGAAGAUACCGGUAGCAGCUGUCGUGUUGCACAACAUUAUUCGGUCUCUCAAAGGAGAUGAACAAUGGUUAGAAGAUCAGGCAGAAAAUGUUCAAGGCAAUGUUGUUGACCUUCCAGAUGGAGAUCAAAGCAAUGAUCAAGGCAGUGAACAAGGCAAUAAUCUCAGAGACACAAUUGCACAACAAAUGUGGAUUGAUUAUCAACAACAUAGAAGCAAUUAGUGAUGCAUUAGAAUAUGUUUUAAUGUUAUUGGGAUUGCAAUAAGUUCUUAGGAAAUGUAGUUUGUACUAGUUAUGGUGCUUUAAUGUUAUUCGAAUAUGCUUUCAUUUAUGCUUUAAAAGUUAUUGUUAUUCACAAUUAUGCUUUCAUGUUCUAAUUAUGCUCCUGUUAUAAGUUGCCAUGCUUGGAAGGGGGUCUCCAAGAUUAAACAUGCUUGCAAGGGGCUCUCCUAGAUUUAACAUGCUCUUAUCUAAAGGUGCACAAAAGAAAAAAUCUCCUAUAGCUACUGCUUCAAAGACACAUGGAGGCUCUCCAAAAGGGAAAACAAGAGCAAAUUGGAAUUCUAUGUUAGAGAAGACCCUUGUUGACUUGUUACAUGAACACAAUACACCUGAAUAUAAGGGUAACAAUGGUUGGACACCCGAUGCAUGGAACAAGAUUGCCAAGGAAUUUCAAGAGAGGGAAAGAUAUGCAGGUUUCUCAAAAGUUCAAAUCCAAGAAAAGGAAAAGGAGUUAAAGAGAGAUUACAGGAUGUUGAAAGAUGCGAGGAAACAAAGCGGAGUUUCUUGGGAUGAGAAAAGGUGUAUGAUUCAAGCUGAUCCACCGAUAUGGGACAACAUAAUCAAAUCAUUUCCAAGGGCUAAAAAAUUCCGCAACAAAUCUUUUCCUCUGUUUGAAGCUUUGGGAGAGCUACAUGAUGGUAAUACUGCUGAAGGGACCUACAACUUCACUUCUACUCAACCAAAUGGUCUAGAUCUCACACAAAUUGGGUCUGGAGAUGUUCCUAUCAAUGUAGAAGACCGUGAAGAUGUGGGAGACCCUUUGGCAGAUCACAGACAAAAUGAAGUAGAAGACAGAGUGUAUGAAGUUGAAGGGGUUGAUGUAAAUGCUGAUAGGCAUGAUGAAAGGUCAAAAAGGACUUCUGCUAUUUCAAGGAAUGAAGAAGAAAAAGGACCAAAGAGGCCGAAGAAGAGUUCCAACAUAGAAACACUGAUGGAGAGGUACCUAGACAUUAGAAGCAAACAAGUUGAAGAUGAAGCGACACAAUUGGCAAGAGAAAGGGAGGCAAGGGGAGGUGAUGAUUUCUCAAUUAAGAAUUGCAUAGCAGUUCUAAACACAUUGGAAGUCACAAAAGAGGAGAAGGUCAAAGCAUAUAAGGUGUUCAAGGACCCUGACAAUCGACAGAUAUUCUUGAGUGCAUGCAAUGAUGAUAGAGAGGCUGCAUUGAUGUGGUUGAGGGAUGAGAUGGCUUAGCAGGUAUACCUAUAUAAACAAGCACACUUUAUUGUUGAUUCAUUUUCAUAGUAUUUCCAACAACUUGCGCUAGUCUCCUAACGCUAUA